AUGGCUUUCCUAGAGGAUGGGAACCAUACUAUAGUGACAGAGUUCAUUUUAUUGGGCUUAACUGAUGACCCAGUUCUGAGAGACAUCCUCUUCACCAUCAUCCUGUGCAUCUAUCUGGUGACCGUGUCCGGGAACCUCAGCACCAUCCUUCUCAUCAGAGUCUCUUCCCAGCUUCAUCACCCCAUGUAUUUUUUUCUCAGCCACUUGGCUUCUGUUGACAUAGGCAUUUCUUCUUCUGUCACACCCAAUAUGCUUGCUAACUUCCUAGUAAAACCAAAUACCAUUUCCUACAUUGGAUGUUCUAUACAGUUUACCUCAGCUGUUUUCCUUGCGACAGUUGAGUGCUUCCUUCUGGCUGCCAUGGCUUAUGAUCGCUUUGUAGCAAUCUGCAACCCACUGCUUUAUUCCACCAAAAUGUCCAGAGAAGCCUGUAUCCAGUUGGUUGUAGGAUCUUAUAUACAGGGUCUCCUUAAUGCUUCCUUUUUCACUCUUUCCUUCUUUUCCUUGAUCUUCUGUGGACCAAAUAGAAUCAAUCACUUUUACUGUGAUUUGGCUCCUUUGGUGGAACUCUCCUGUUCUGAUGUCACUCUCGCUGUUGUUAUUACCUCAAUUUCUGCUGGCUUUAUCACACUGACAACAGUGUUUGUUAUAGCCAUCUCCUAUUCCUGUAUUUUCAUCACUAUUAUGAAGAUGCACUCCACAGAAAGUCGAUACAAGGCCUUCUCCACCUGUACCUCCCACCUCACUGCAGUUACUCUGUUCUAUGGAACUACUAUGUUCAUUUAUGUGAUGCCCAAGUCCAGCUACUCCACUGACCAGAACAAGGUGUUGUCUGUAUUCUACAUGGUUGUGAUUCCCAUGUUGAACCCCCUCAUCUACAGCCUGAGGAAUAAUGAGAUUAAGGGGGCUCUGAAGAGAUAUCUUGGUAAGAAAAUAUUUUCUUAUGGUAACCUGUUUUGUAAAACUCACUAUAAUGACACUCACCAAGUAUGA